AACUCAUUGAAAAUUCAAAUGUUUUCAGGGUUUUAUUUAUUUUUCCUUUUCACAACUUGGCGCGAAUACUGAACUCUUUCCCGCCCUCAUCCUCUUUACUCUUCCAGUAUAUAAUGUAAAAGUGCGGUCCAAAUCUACUAAAUAUCCUAGAACAAGGGUUCCAAAAUUCCAUUCCCCCUCUCGGUCUCCCCAGAUCGAACAUUCUGAGGGUCAUAUUUCAAUCUGGUCACUCAUUUUGAUUUUCUAGGUUUUUUUUCUUCAUUUAUCAAGAUGGGAUCUGCAGCUCUAUUGGAUCCCAAACCAAUCGUCGCGUCCGAUGGUGCUGAUAGUUGCAACGCUUCAGAAGAAAUGAGGAGAAAGACUAGAAGUGGCAGCCGGAAAUCUACAAGCUCUGACUUUGAGAAAAUAGUUGGUGAUGAGGUUGUAGCUGCAGAGGUACCCAAAGUGAAGAAGCGAAAUGCUUCCAAGAAGGUUGAAGAUCCUUUGCCUACUCAGAAAAGGCCAAAACGUGCAGCUGCUCCCUCAAACUUUCAAGAGAAGUCAUUUCGCCUCUCUGAUAAGUCUUCUGUCGUGGAAGCGAAAGAAGAACAUAUUGUUAAUGAUGAAAUCAGCGCAAUACGUCUUACUUCUGGCCCAGAUAAUCCUCGACUGAACAGAAGACUCACAGAUUUCACUUUACAUAAGGGGGAUGGGAAACCACAGCAUCUCGAGAUGUCAGAAGUGGAUGAUUUGUUCAUUUCUGGUCUGAUCUUAACGUUGGACGACAAUCCAGAGAAUGACAAAGAAAAAGUAAAAGGAGUGCGAUGUGAAGAUUUUGGUCGGAUAGAGUCCUGGGCAAUCUCGGGUUAUGAAGAUGGGUCUCCUGUUGUUUGGGUCUCAACUGAGCUAACAGACUAUGUUUGUGUGAAACCUGCAAGCAACUACAAGAACUUAUAUGACCUUUUCUUCUGCAAGGCUCAGGCUUGUAUCGAGGUUUACAAAAAGUUAACCAAGUCUUAUGGAGGGAACCGUGACUUGAGUCUAGAUGAACUGCUUGCUGGAGUAACUCGUUCCAUGAGUGGAAUCAAGGGCUUUCCUGGUGGAGUGUCUGUUAAGGAAUUUGUUAUCUCACAAGGUGACUUUAUCUAUAAACAACUGAUUGGGUUGGAUGAAACUUCCACCAAAAAUGAUCAAAUCUUUAACGAGUUACCUGUACUUGUUGCUCUUCGAGAUGAGUCAAAGAUGGGCAAUGUUAGAGUACCUGCCAAACUAUUGUCAGGUGGAAGUUUGAAGAUUGGAGAUGUAGGAGAGAAAUUGGAUAGCAUGUCUAUGGAAGUCGAUGACGAUAAGUAUGCACGGUUGCUGCAGGAAGAAGAGGACUGGAAGACAAUGAAAAACUCAAGGAAAAAUCAGCGCGCUGCAUCAGCAAAUGAUUACAUCAAGAUCAGUGAAGAUGAAAUUGCAAAUGAUUAUCCUCUACCAGCAUACUACAAACCAUCUCCCGAUGAGAUUGAUGAGUAUCUAGUCCAUGACAUGGAUGACAAUGUUGAACUCCCAACAAACAUGCUUCAUUACUGGUCGCUCUACAAUGUAGAUCUCAGACUUAUUUCUUUGGAGCUUCUUCCGAUGAAGUUCACUGAAGCUGAUGUUACAAUGUUUGGCUCUGGGGCCAUGACUGCUGAUAAUGGGGGCGGAUUCUUUAGUGAUGAUACUGGUGUUUCUGGAGCACAAGCCGGAGACGGGGUUCCAAUUUAUCUCAGUGCAGUAAAGGAAUGGUGUAUUGAAUUUGGAUGUGGACUGAUGUCGAUAAUGAUACGUACUGAUCUGUCUUGGUAUAGACUUGGGAAACCAUCAAAACAGUACACUCCAUGGUAUGAAACUGUUACCAAAGUGGCAAGGCUUGCGAUAAGCAUCAUCAAUUUGUUAUUGGAGCAAAGCCGGGUAGCUCGGCUUUCUUUUGCAGAUGUGAUCAAGAGAGUUUCUGACUUUGGGAAGGACAAUCCGUCUUAUGUAUCAUCUAAUUUGGCAGUAGUUGAGAGGUUCGUGGUUGUCCAUGGACAGAUCAUACUGCAACUAUUUGCUAUAUACCCUCAUACAUCCAUCAACAAGUGUGCUUUUGUCACCGGCCUUUCUGCCAAAAUGGUGCAAAGAUGCCACACAAAGUUGAAAAUAAAGGGGCGGCAUAAGAAAGAUGAGCGACUCUUGAACCCUCGGGCAACAAUGGGACCUAUUAUAUCUAAAAAGCAAGCAAUGCAGGCGACUGCAACAAGGUUGAUCAGUAAAAUUUGGGGCGAGUACUAUUUAAAUUACUCACCUGAAGUUCCAGUCGAAGGAGAUAUGUGUGAAGUUAAAGAAGAUGCAGAGGUAGAGGAAGAGGCUGAAGAAGAUAUUGAAGAGGAGGACGCCGAAGAGAAGGUGGUAUUGCUUGAUGAAAAGGUUCCGAAGUCUCAUUCACCAAAACCAGUUAAAGCUAAGUCAAGUAGCAAAGAAAUCAGAUGGGAUGGGGAUUCUAUUGGCAAAACUUGUUCCGGCGAGUCUCUUUACAAACAGGCUAUUGUACGUGGUGAUGUGGUUGUUGUUGGAGGUACUGUAGGACUCGAACUUGAUGAUUCAGAUGAAAUGCUGGUUAUUUGCUUUGUGGAAUACAUGUAUGAAAGAUCAAAUGGAAGAAAAAUGGUGCAUGGUAGGGUUAUGAAGAGAGGAUCUGAGACUGUUCUUGGUAACACUGCUAAUGAGAGGGAGGUUUUUAUGACAAAUAAUUGUCACGAAUUUGAAUUGGGUGAUAUUAAACAAAUGUUUGUUGUGGAAAUAAGAAAAAUUUCUUGGGGACAUCAGUAUAGGAAGGAUAAUGCUAGUGCUGACAAAUCUGACACGGCACGAGCAGAGGAGAUGAAGAAAAAAGGAUUACCAAUGGAGUACUACUGCAAGAGUUUGUAUUGGCCUGAAAAAGGUGCUUUCGUUAGUUUGCCUUUGAAAAGCUUGGGUCUUGGAAACGGGGUUUGUAAUUCCUGCAAAUUAAUGGAAACUCAGAAGGAGAAAGAUAUUCUCAAAGCAGCUUCAUCAAAUACUGGCUUCAUCUACAAGGGAGUUGAGUAUAUGGUUAACGACUUUGUCUAUGUCAGCCCUGAACACUUCACAGCAGAUGAAGAAGAGCUUGGUACUUUUAAAUCGGGCCGAAAUGUUGGUCUGAAAGCUUUCGUUGUGUGUCAGUUGGUCGAUGUUGACUUCCCUAAGAACUCCAAGAAAAUUACCCCCCAGUCUUUUGAGGUUGAGGUCCGGAGAUUUUUCAGACCGGAAGAUGCCUCUUUCGAGAAGGCUUAUGCAUCAGAUGUUAGAGAAGUGUACUACAGCGAAGAGACACUUCAUGUGCCUGUAUCAACCUUAGAAGGGAAGUGUGAAAUCAGAAAGAAGUGUGAUCUUCCAUCUUUUGGUGGUCCUGGAAUGUUUGAGCAUGUCUUCUUUUGUGAACACCAGUACGACCCCACUAAAAGAACUAUAAAGCAGUUGACACCAAACAUCAAGAUUAGGUUUUCUCCGGGCAAGGUAGUUAAUGAUGCUGCAGUCCGUAAGAAAAAGGGAAAAGCUAAAGCCAUUGAAGAUGAAUUAGAUGUUACUGACAAACAAGAUAUGUCUCAGGAAAAUCGCUUAGCUACUUUAGAUAUUUUUGCUGGUUGUGGUGGGUUGUCAGAAGGAUUACAACAAGCUGGGGUUGCAUGUACUAAGUGGGCUAUUGAAUACGAACAACCUGCUGGAGAAGCAUUUAUAGUUAAUCAUCCAGAUGCUUUGAUGUUCGUUGAUAAUUGUAAUGUGAUCCUGAGGGCUAUAAUGGAAAAAUGUGGGGACCUAGAUGAUUGUAUCUCCACUCCCGAGGCUGCUGAGUUAGCUGCAAAACUCACUGAGGAGAAAAUCAACAAUUUACCAUUACCUGGUCAGGUGGAUUUUAUCAAUGGUGGUCCUCCGUGCCAGGGUUUUUCUGGAAUGAAUAGAUUUAAUCAAAGUACAUGGAGUAAGGUCCAAUGUGAGAUGAUCUUAGCAUUUCUAUCCUUCGCCGAUUACUUUCGGCCCAAGUUUUUCCUUCUUGAGAAUGUGAGGACCUUCGUAUCAUUCAACAAAGGACAGACAUUCCGCUUAACUUUAGCUUCACUCCUUGAAAUGGGUUAUCAGGUGAGAUUUGGUGUUCUAGAAGCUGGCGCGUUUGGUAUUUCUCAGUCUAGAAAGCGAGCGUUUAUAUGGGCAGCUUCUCCAGAAGAGAAUCUACCUGAAUGGCCUGAGCCAAUGCAUGUUUUCAAUAGCCCAGCAUUGAAAAUUGCACUGCCGGGAGGUGUGCAGUAUGCAGCUGCACGGAGUACAUCUACUGGAGCCCCUUUCCGUGCGAUAACUGUAAGAGAUACAAUUGGAGAUCUCCCACCUGUUUCAAACGGGGCAUCUAAGAUCGAGAUGGAGUAUGAAAAUGAACCUGUGUCCUGGUUCCAAAAACAAAUUCGAGCAGACAUGGUGCUCUUGUCUGAUCAUAUAUCGAAGGAAAUGAAUGAGCUGAAUCUUAUCCGGUGUCAGAGAAUUCCUAAGCGCCCGGGUGCUGAUUGGCUAUGUCUUCCUAACGAAAAGGUGAAACUGUCUUCAGGAGAAUUGGUAGACCUGAUACCAUGGUGCCUUCCGAACACAGCGAAAAGGCACAAUCAAUGGAAGGGGUUGUUUGGAAGAUUGGAUUGGAGAGGUAAUUUCCCAACCUCUGUCACUGACCCUCAACCUAUGGGUAAAGUUGGAAUGUGCUUCCACCCUGAUCAGGACAGGAUUGUUACGGUUCGGGAAUGUGCUAGAUCCCAAGGUUUUCGGGACAGUUUCAAGUUUGCUGGAAACACUAUUAAUAAGCAUAGGCAAAUUGGAAAUGCAGUGCCACCUCCAUUAGCGUUUGCUUUGGGUAGAAAACUCAAAGAAGCUGUGGAUGGAAAGGGCUUAUUUAAAGGAGCAGAAUGCUGAAAUUCCUCGAAGCAUGUAGGGAUUCAAAAGAUAGCUCAGUAGCCAGCUUUGCCUGACUGAUUUUUUGACUGAAAUGAUAUCCACAAUCAUGUCAAACAAUAUUGCUUUCAUCUAUAUCUAAAUCUAUACUAAAUAAAGCAAAGCCUGUUCACCUCUUUUUGGCUUAUUUGUACAUAGUGGUUCUUUUUCUUAGUCCUUGCUUUAUUUAAGCUGAAAAUGAAUUUUGGUGGUUUAAUCAGAAUGGAGGCAAAUGCAAUAUUUUUAGGUUA